CCGUGGGGAGACCGUUUCGCUCCCGGACUCGCGCGCGAAACACGUGCGUUCGAAUUAUGAAAAUUCAAAAUUGUGCAAUAAAAAAAAUAUAUUAGAUCGUAACUUUUUAAAUUCACCGGCGGGCGAAGGGAUCCGCGUGUGUAGUGCCAUAAAAAGUUUUGGUCAGAACCAACCAAGUGUUGUUAAAACAGUGACUUUGUCGUGGUUGCCAGAAUAUUAAGAUUAAAAUAAACUUAGAAUAUUUUAGUCGAGGACGCUGUUAAACUAUGCCGUUAGCCGAGUUGCGACAGUUCGCCGGUCAAAUUAAUUGGAUACUGGCGAUUUUUUAAUGCUGCUGACGGCUGAGCGAAUGCAAAAGGACUCAUUUGGAAUUCGCCGUAGUACAGAAAUCCUAAUAGGGAUUUCAAUAAACAAUUCUGGAGUUUUGGAACUGAAGGUACGAAGAAGAUGAAGUGAAAGUGCAGUGAAAAAAUUAAUAAUUUGUUUAAAAGAAAAUGUUAACGACUUCUGCCCAGAGGCUAGAAGUAACAGUGAUAUAAGUGUAAAUAAAAAAACACACAAAUUCAAUUAAACUGUCAAUUCUACUAGAAUCAAGUGUCGCUUAAUAAUUUCCCAGUAUAAAUAACGGAUAAAGAAUUUUCUAAUAUUAUUAAAAAAUUGUGCAGUGAAGUGUGGACAAGGAAACAACGAAAAUAAAUUAUUGUAUAUAAAAUAAAAAUUAGUUCAACAGUUUGCGACCUCUGAAAUUAAAUGCUCAUCGAGCAACUGUGAAAGUGAAGUGAAGUGAUUGUGGUUAACGGUUGACGACCCCUGUCGACGAGUGAUGACCUCAUAGUGGCGGGCCAGUGGCUGUCAACAUGUGCACGUGACUGGCAUUGAUGGUUUUGCCACGGUGGCCGAUGAGGGCGCGCGGCCCGACUGGCCGGCAGGUCAAUGACAUCGCCGGCACUGAUCAUGCUGUCUUUGGCGUUAGUUUGUUCCACAAUCGACACAGCAACGGAACAAACAGCCGCUCAUGACAGCAACCAACGUGUACACUUUAUAGAUAACCAACUAGACAAUAUAAAUGCUACACUAAACAAAAAUAGGACCAAUUUAAAUAAUAAUAAAGUUAAAAGUAAAACAAAAAUAUUAGAAGACGACAUUUAUACGUCGAACGAUGAUAUUAUAAAGAAUUUUGAAAUGCACAAAAUCAAUGUGAGGAGGUUUAACCAAGAAAUGGCCACGGAACAGUAUGGACCGCAUAAAGAGAUCCCCGUAAAGAGAGAUAGAUAUAACAAAGAGGUCCCCGUAAAGAGAGAGGCCCCGGGGAAGAGAUAUACGAAUAUAUAUCAUGAAGGGAUCCCCAGAAAUAGAGUGAAGCGAUCGCAAGACAGUCACUGUGAGGCAUUCGAAUAUCACGGUAGAGAUCAGAGACAAAUUAGGCAUCCAUAUCAAAAGGAUGAUACGAAUAAUACUAAUUACUAUAGUAAUGUGCAUUGUGUCACUGUUAUAAAUGGUACUGAGUCGUCGGUGAUAGAACUAACAUUUGUAGACAUAUUCCAUAUUGAGUAUCAUCCAGACUGCGCCUAUGAUUAUUUAGAAAUUCGAGACGGUUCAAAAGGCUAUUCAGCACUACUUGGAAAGCUGUGUGGACAUCAGUUUCCUAGGCAAAUCAGGACAACUGGACCGUACGCGUGGUUAAAAUUCCAUUCGGACGACACCAUAGAGUACGAGGGGUUCCACAUAAACAUCGCUAUUUUAAAUGGCUACAAUAGUCAUAGAAUACCGGAUAAAUGUUACGAAACACUAGAGGGAAUGUAUGGUGAUAUAAAUUCGGCGAAAAUAGAUUCCGCGUGCACCACCGGGAGUAUGGGUCAAGCCCUGGACAUUCUUUGGACUAUCAAAUCCCCUGCGAAUACGAGAAUAUUCCUAAAUUUUACCACAUUUAUACUAGCAAAACCUAAUGAGUGCGAGGAGAAUGUAAUACAAGUUUUCGGCUCUGUACUGGAAUACGAUGCGAAGUUGGCUCAUUACUGCGGCUCCAUGGCGAAUUCAGUUCAGACCAAGGGAAGAGAUAGCAAAGGAGUAGGCGAUGACGGCAAUCUGAUGUAUGUCCGUCUGUAUGCAUCGAAAGCUGCGAAGGCUGGCACUAAUUUUUCAGCCACAUAUACUGCAUUUAGAACCUUGGAUCCUAACAAAGACGAUAAAUGCAACGACACACAAUUCGACUGUGAAGACAACACGUGCAUUGAAAAGGUCCUAACGUGCAAUGGCUAUGCAAACUGCAGACUCAAAACUGACGAAGACAACACAGGAGCAAACGAGCAUACUGAAACUACGUCAAUGUUGAGCCAAACACACAUAUUAGUGAUCCUGGUCAUCUUCUCCCUCAUUCUGUCUGGUAUGAGCUUCGUGUUUCUCUUCAAAUGCAUCAGGAAAUUAUACCAGGACCAUAAAAUAAUCAAGGAACAUAUAAGACAAUCGUGCGAAGACAGAUUGGACAGUUUGGUAAGCAGACGAUUGACUCUAGACGCUCAGAGAUUGCAGAGGGACAGCGAGUCGCGACCUAGCUUGGAGAGAGAUAACCACACCAACGAAAUGUUUAAACAACAAAGAAGUUUCUCAAAACAUAAGGAUAGUAUAGACUCUGACUUCAUUCAAGAAACACAUUUAGAUGUGGACAGUGAACCUUGGCGAAGAGAAGUAGACAGAGUACCUAUAGAAGUUGAAGACAUCAGAAUUGAAAGGAACGGGAGAACAAGGCGCAGCGACAUAAGCAAAAGAGAGGAAUCUAUCAAGAGCAAAUCAAGAGAGUCCAAAGAGAGGGAGAAGAAAGAAAUAAGAGAUGUAUCCGUGGGUGCGCCUGAUACGAAAGAAUCUAGUUGUCAGACCAGGGAGAGUCUGUUUCAGACAGAUGCACCGCCUAGUUCUGAAGGCUCUGGCAGCAACAGCCGAGGGUUCUCAACGUUCGGAUACUCCGGCGCAACGAUUGUGCGGCCAUCGCCGCCGGCCACCAUCAACACUUCCGAGGUCACGAUCGAGCUGCUGAGCCAAGUACCACAACACCAGGACUCUGUAAAACAAAAGAAAAUACCAGACCGCCGUCCAAUGAGUACGGAGACCACACGAUCAGCCCCUGACGUCAUUAUAGUCUCAAAACCGAUUGGCUGAGGGUGACCUUUGGGGCCCCCGCCGUGGGCCCCAAUCCCCCCUGAAUACUGGGACUAUAGGACCCCGAAGGAGCCAAGAACCUGCCCUGAGGGUUCCCACCAGCCUCACAAUUGUAAUCACGACAGUCUCUCCAAAAGCGUCUCAUUCGAAGAUUGCGAGGGAUAUUACAGCAAAUAUUUUGACGAAGGCCCAAAACUCAUUUACGAUUAUUGCUUAAAAAGUGAUUUUAAUUGUAAAAAAUCAAAAACAUUACCAAGAAAUCUAGGUUCCUCUGUCGAUUAUAAACCGAAAGUGUACCCGCAGAGGAGUGUGUGCUUUUACGGGAUUGAUGAUGAAGUGUCUUGUAAGAGAAAUAGGACUUUCGUGGUUAGAGCGGACAUAGAGGCGCCGAGAUAACGAAGAAUCAGUUCUCCGGUUGACUUUUAAAGUUUUUAUCGAUGUGUAUGAAAAUCUGUCCCAUUAGACAAGAUACAAAUGAAUCUAUCGAUAGAAAUUUUUCGCCUAGUGCUAGACAUAGGUAAUAUCUACACUGCUUCGAUGUUUUUAUAUUGGAUUCUUUUGGACAUUAAUGAUGGAAAAAAGUUCUUCCCCCAUAAUAUUCAAAAUAUCCCUUACUUGAUCAAUAUAUAAAUAUUGUAAAUGCAAUACAUAGAUAUUUCUAUAUAUUACUCAGCCCUAGUUAGCACUAGAUGGUGAAAUAACAAGACACAGGAUAUAUCCAUCUCAUUCUAUCAUAUGGACUGGCUAGAGAUAACCAUACUAUGGAUAGAUUCAUUUGUACUUUGUCUUUUUGGGCCGUUGUUUUUAAUUCAACAAAUUUUAUUUGCAGCAUCAUUUUUGUUAUGGCACAUGCAAAAUAAGAUUUUGAAUUUAAUAAUUUAUUUAUAAAAUAUAUUGAAAUGUUAAAAUAAAUCUUGUUUUUAUGUUAAAAUCGAAGGGAGAUGAUGAUCUAUCUCCCUUCGAUUAAAAGUAUAAAAGUCGUAUAAAAGUGAAUAGUGCGGUAGCGAAAUAUUGCAGGUAGUGAGGGACCAAUUCAAAGCCAGUAAGUAGUUUAUACCAGUCUACCUACAUCAUCAUAUCAGCCAUUUACUGUCCACUUCUGGACGUAAGCUUCCCCCAUAAAAAGUUUUACCAGUAAUUGCCACGUUUGGCAAACGGGUUGACAACCGCAGAUAACUAUAUAUAAAUAUGUAGAAAUCCGCGACUUCAUCCACUUCACUACUAAAAUAUAUCCUGUAUCCUUCUCCAUCCAUUCUUUAGUGAUUGGUUAAACUAUUAAAGCACUAAGUAACAAAAAAAAACUCAUUUUCACAUUUAUAAUAUUAUUAAGGAUCUUUGUUUAUAAAAUGUAAAUUCCAUUUCUGGCUGUAAGUUUAAAUAUGUUGUAACGUUCUGUAAGGAAACUGUGAAUUUUGUAACAAAGUAAAUAGGGGAAUAUAGUAAUAUAGAGAAUACGUGACCGCACUGUGCACUUGAAGAGGUACAUAACUUUUGCUUACCGAAGUGUUGCAACACUGCAACAAUAUGUACAAUUUUCAAAAAAGAAUUUAACAUUUUUCAAUUUUUUUUUUUUUUUUACAAAACAGGGGGCAAACGAGCAUGCGGCUCAAUGUUUCUGAGUGAUUACUUAAAAAGUUCUCUGCUCACGAACUAAAACGUUGAUUAUAGAAUACAUAUAUAAAUCUACCACUUACAACUUUGCACUUAAUUCAUGUUUUGCUUUAAAUUUUUUUUCUUGAUCCGCUCCGACCCUCCGUCCGGCGAGAUCGAAGUGCGGCGGCCUAAGCCGAGAUCCGAGCCGCUCUGGCGCCCUUGGGCAUACGUUGUAAUCUAUCGGUAAGAUUCGACACUUUGUCGCUUUCCUCUCGCGGGCUUGGAGUGUCAUCUGCACUCGACUCUACACCCGGUGAAGCUGUAAAAGUCAUAUGUGGCCAACAGCAUUGUACAACUCGAUAUUUUUUUUUUUUCAAAUAGGUACAUUUAUGCCUUCAAAAUCCAAAAUCUCAGUAACUAGUGAUAAUAAUACUAUCACAUACUUAACAUUUACUUCAAUAUCAGAGUACUUUUUAAAUAAUCAAUCUUAAACAUUGGAAAAUGUUCAAUUGUUUUUCUAUAAUUUGGCACACUUCGUUAUGAAGUUAACCAGGCAACGAUUUUAAUGGAUACCAAGCUAUAUAAUGUGUUUUAUUUAUCUAUAAAUUUGAACAAGUCUUCCAUUCAAUCUUGGAAACUUUAAUUAUAUUUUUGUAAUUACAAAAUUCUUGAUACUUGUAAACGAAAUGAGUCGACGUUGAAUCUGUAUUAAAGAGUGUAUCCUUUGCCAAAUGUUAUGUGAAAUAAUAUUGAAUGCAAGUUAUAGUUGUAAGUAGACCAAGUCGUUAGUUGUAAUAGAUUUGCACAAAUAUAUUGCAUUGAUAUAUCAUAAAUACUUGUACAGAAAUAUCAAAUUGAUAAUUUAUGUUAUGUGUAUAAAAUAGUUUCCUAGUAAAAAUGUUAAUAUUAAAUUAGAAAUUUUUAACAAACGAAUAGCAAAAACGAACAAAGAUCGGACGUUUAAAUAUUUUCUCGUUACAUUUGUGUUAUAAAUUUAACAUUGUGUGAUUUGGUUGCUACUAACGUAAAUUUGUUAGUAAACUUUUGAAAACAAACGGCCGGAGGAAUAACCAAUUAUUGCUUAUAACAAUGAAACUUUUUCGUAAAACUCCCGGUCUCUUUGGAAGUUUGUGUAAACGAAUUUCCACUGAGCAAAUUUAAAUUAAUAUUCCAUUUAUAAUUCAACAAUUUUCAUAAGCAUUUCUGAUAAUUCUUUACGUUUGAAAUAAAAAUUGCCUAUUUAUCUUCUUUUUCUUUGGUUAGCCGAUUCGAAU